CGGCGUCGUCCCGACAAACGACGCGCGACUCUCGACGCAACUGCAUCAGUGAGGAAUUGAGGAAGACGAAGAAAACGGGGAAAAACGAUAUAUACGUAUAUCGAGGAUAUAUAUUUCGGAUACUUCGAGACGUUUCUUCCGUAGUCUUCUCUCCACGUUUCAACGUACGCCGAACCGAACCGACGCGACGAUAUGGCCAGGCAGAUUAACAGGCAGGCGAAGCUGAGCUUCAAGGUGUACCUGGAGGACCCGUGGACCUGCACGGAAGUGCGCAGAUUCGGCGUCGACGCCGAUGUCGCGACGAAUUUCGUCUACCUGCGCGAGAAGCUGCAGACCAUCUUCCCGGAUCUGCGGGGCAAGAACUUCACCGUCAACUGGAAAGAUAAUGAACACGAGACCAUUACCAUAUCCACCAACGAGGAAUUGGAGAUCGCGAUACACGAGAUGGAUAGGCACAACAUCUACAAACUGUAUAUCUCGCUGCGAGCAGAGCGAGACCCGAUAGAUAUGUUGAACAUGGAAACGCUGCAUCCCGGCGUAGUAUGUGACGUGUGUGACAAGAAUAUACGUGGCUUCCGCUUCAAGUGCAUGCAAUGUCCGGAUUACGACUUGUGCACCAGCUGCAUGACGGCGGGCAAUCAUCCGGAGCAUUACAUGGUCCGUAUGACGCAGCCGAUCGAGUGGACGAGCUAUCACGGCCGCCGCUUCGCUCACCACAUGCGCAAGUUCGUGAAGAAGGCGGCGCAGCACUGCAAAGAGGACGAGCGUAGGUGUCCGCACAGGAGCAAGCGAAGCAGCUGUCCCAUGUUCGGCACUGAUGGUAAAUUUGGGACUUUUGAUCCGUCUAUAAUAAAUUCACUGGAGAAUUUCGUAAUAGACAUUUGUGCCGGUCCAUCAGACGAGAGCCAGGAGCAGAAGCGGACUAAGGAGCAACAGAGGGAACCAUCCGCCGAGGCUGCGACCGAGGCGACGGAGGAUCCGCAGCGGGAAGCGACCAGGCACUCUUUCUCACAGCUGUUGAAGAUCGUCGAGGACAACAUCUCCAACAUCUCGCAGUUCCUGGAUCCGCUCGGCAUCAACGUCACCGUGAUGGCCGAAAACGAUUCCGCCAAGAACAAGCCCGCGAGCAGCGCUCAGACGAAGGCCAGUACGCCCGAGAACCGCGCAUCUACGUCUUCGGAGGACUCAUCUAAGAAGACCUUCCCCGGCGAAGGAAAGAAACUGCGCGACGAUCCUGUAAGUACCGCAGCUACUCCUUCGACGGAUAAUGUAUCGUCACAAAAGGAUGCAGCGGCAACAGCAGCAGCGGCAGCAACAGUAGCAGCAGCAGCGGCAGCAACGGCGGCGGUAGCAGCAGCAUCAGCACCAGCACCAGCAUCAGCACCGGCAUCGGCACCGGCACCAGCAGCAACAUCUACUGAACAAGCGGCCGAAGCCGAGGAAUGGACGAUGAUACAACGCGAAAGCCCCAAUAUUAGUCGCACCUCGUCCAUUUCCUCCUCCACGAACGGAAGUAGUACGCCUAAACAGGCUACUACACCAUCAGCACCCAUGGGAGAGCCAGAAAAAACACCGUCAAACUCGAGAAUCUACCCACCCUUACCUGAAGAAGUAAGAAACGAGUUUUAUCAUCCAAAUCCCAAGAUCCAACGCGCCGUAGAAGCGAUGAUGGCGAUGGGAUUCUCCAAUGAGGGCUCAUGGCUCACCCAUCUGUUGGUUGCGCAAAACGGUAACAUUGACAAGGCGCUGGAUGUAAUACAUCCGGUACGGAUGCCCCAUCAUUAGGGGGGAUGGGGCCAAACUUUAGUUAACGAUAGCUUACGUAAUAAACGGCAACAAAAAAAAACAGUUAACAGUUAAUAGUCUAUACUUUCAAUAGUUGGUAUGAUAGUUUAUAAUUAUCAUUUGUUAGAUAUUAUUAUGUCUUUUUUGUGUUGAAUUUAUUUUACACAUAUGAUUUCGUUUUUAAAAAUAUGAGCAACGCAUAACUUUAAUUCUUAUAACAGAUCAUUAACAAUAUUUCUUUAUAUACGUAUUGCUAAAUUUAUGUUGUACACGAACCUGAUAUUAUUUUACGAUAUUACGAUAUUAUUUUUAAAAAAUGUAUCCUCAUAUUGUUCGUGCGAUGUAUGGUUGUAUCCAUAUUCUUAAUAUUUUAUUCUUAAUCUUAACAUAAAGGACACUAAAAUAUUCUUUGGUGAC